CACUACUGAGAUAUUCUUGCAUGGCUUUUCUUGUAGGCUGUCUUCUUGCCUUUGCAGUUAUCCUGAAUGCUGAAGCAAAAGCGGUGCCAUCUAAUAUAAGCACUGACUCUUCUUUAACACCCACUUCCAACUCCUCGUGGUUGUCAAGCUCCGGUCUGUAUGCCUUCGGCUUUUAUAAGCAAGGCAAUGGCUAUGCUGUGGGGAUAGUGCUUGCUGGAGUUCCUGAAAAGACUGUAGUCUGGACUGCAAACCGCAAUGACCCCUUGGUCUCCAAUAAUGCCACCUUGCUCUUUACAUCUAACGGGAUUUCUUUGCAAUCUACUCAAGGGGAAACACCAGUGGCGACCACUACUCAGUCUGCUUUCUCUGCUUCAAUGCUUGACUCUGGUAACUUUGUACUAUACAACUCCGAUCAGGAAAUAGUAUGGCAAAGUUUUGACUAUCCAACUGAUACCAUUUUGCCAAAACAGCGUUUGAAAGCAGGGGCAGAGCUGUACUCUGCUAAAUCCAAAACUAAUAGAUCAAAAGGCAUUUUCUGUCUCAGUAUGCAGACUGAUGGAAACCUUGUUCAGUACCCGGUAGCUACUCUAGAUGCUUACUAUGCAUCUAACACACCAGGAAGUGGAGACAAUGUGACACUAAACUUGGAUGCUGAUGGCCGUCUCUACUUACUCAACAACACUGGUUUCACUAUACACAAUAUUACGAAUGGAUCUACUGAUGAAGGCAAAUCUUAUCUUGUGAGACUUGAUGUAGAUGGAAUUCUUCGCUUGUAUUCAUAUAGUUUGAAGCAGAAUGGCAACUGGUCAGUUGAGUGGUUAUCUACAAGAGAUAAGUGUGACCCUUUAGGUCUAUGCGGAUUUAAUAGUUAUUGUGUUUUAAUGGAUAUGGAAGCUGAAUGCAAAUGCCUUCCAGGAUUUGAGUUUAUCACCUCGGGGGAUCAGACUUCAGGCUGUGGGAGGAAUAUGAUUGCAGAUGUUUGUAAGUCAGAGAAUGAAAACUUCACAUACAUCAUGGAAGAACUGCCCGACACAAGAUGGAAUAAUGUUGCAUACAUGACUUGGUCAUCAUCAGACAAAGAAGAAUGCAACAAGGCCUGCUUGGAGGAUUGCAACUGUGAAGCCGCACUUUUUGCAGAUGGAAGCUGCAGAAAGCAGAGGCUUCCUUUGAGUCAUGGAAGAAGAAGGUAUGACACUUCAAACUCAGUUUUCAUUAAGGUUGGUAAAUCUAAACCUCCAGCUACAGAUAAUAUCCAUUCAAAGGGAAACAAGAAAGAAGGUGGAGUUGCAGUCCUUAUUGUUGGGGUUUCAUUUACUACUUUUGGGUCCAUUUUGUUGGUGAUCUCUGUAAUUGUGUUUUGGAAACAUAAUGUUUGGGCUUAUAAAAGGAUGAAUAAACUCAAUGGUGAUGUUGAAUGGAAUGAGGAUGUGGCUCCGCGACCAUAUGCUUAUGAACAACUAGAGAAGAUGACUGAUAAUUUCAAGGAGGAGGUCGGUAGAGGAGCUUCUGCAACAGUUUAUAAAGGGGUGAUGUUGAGUAGUCAAAAGCUAGUUGCUGUGAAGAAACUAGAGAAAGUUGCAGCUGAAGGAGCAAAAGAAUUCCAGACUGAGAUGAAAGUUAUUGGCAGAACCCAUCACCGGAGUUUAGUACGUUUGCUUGGGUAUUGCCUUAAUGGACCAAAGAAGCUUUUGGUGUAUGAGUACAUGAGCAAUGGUUCACUUGCAGAUAUUCUCUUCACACCUGAGAGGAAACCUCAUUGGGAAGAAAGAAUGGGAAUUGCUCAAAACAUAGCACGAGGGUUUCUUUAUCUGCAUGAAGAGUGUGAUACACAGAUCAUCCACUGUGACAUAAAGCCUCAAAACAUACUGAUGGAUGAGUACAUGUGCCCCAAAAUCUCCGAUUUUGGUUUGGCAAAGCUUCUUCAGCAAGACCAGACUAGAACCACUACCGGCAUUAGAGGGACUAAAGGGUAUGUUGCGCCUGAAUGGCAUAGGAAAAUGCCUAUAACAGUUAAAGCAGAUGUUUAUAGCUUUGGAAUUGUGCUGUUGGAGAUUGUGUGCUGUCGAAGGAAUGUGGACUGGAGUGUUCCUGAGGAGGAAGCUAUCUUGGAUGAAUUGGUCUACCAUUACUUUGAGAGUGGUGAGCUUGGUAAAUUGCUUGGGGAUGAACAGAUAAACAGAAGGCAAUUUGAAAGGGUGAUUAAAGUGGGACUUUGGUGCAUCCAGGAUGAGCCAUCGCUUCGUCCUUCUAUGAAGAAGGUUCUGCUUAUGUUGGAAGGGACUGUAGACAUCCCAAUCCCUCCGAAUCCAAGUUCUUUUCUCAAUACCAUCUAAAUUGUGUUUGAACCUCAAGUACUAAUCUAAUCAAGAAACCAAUUGAGCCUCGCA